AUGAAGGGGACACAUCCAGGGACCAGGCCAGGCGAGCAAGGAGGACAAUCUGGCGACAAGGAGGCAACUUUGCACUCCCGCGGGAUGAAGUCAAGGUGUUCAAGCUACCACGCUCAGCUAAGCAAUGCGCUUUCGGCAAACGAUCAGAAGCUCCUCGAUGGCCAAGCCAAGCUCGAGGCGGCAAAGACCAAUGCUGAUAAUGCCUACUGGACGGCAGAGGUUGAUCGAAUCAAGGCGGCCCGGGAGGAGCUGGACUCAACGAAGCUCUUUUUAGAGCAAAAGGCCCGUGCCUACACCGUGGAUGAUGGGUUUUUUGAGUUGAAGCCAGGUGUGUAUACUGAUCUUGGCGUCAACGUAGAGCCCAUUCCCAACCAACCCAAGGGAACGAUCACGGUCCUACAAUGA